GGGAGCCUGGAGGAGUCCCUUGGCUUGUGUGUGCGUCCGUGUGAGUGAGAGAGUGAGUGAGUGUGAGCCUGCCUCUGAGCCCCCCCUUCACCCCUCUUUUUGACGAUGCGUGUGCGCGUCUUAGGUUACAGCAAUGCUGCCUCGCACACCAGUGGCCAGAAGAGAGGGGCGAAGGGAGGAAAAGCCUGUUUACACAGACUGCAAACCGCCUGGGGAAUAAUGCAGGAAAGGAAGUGAGCCGGCUCGCUGUCUGACUGCUCCAACUUCCUGCGCUCUCUCUUUCUCUCUCCUGUGUGUGUGUGUUGGGGAGGGGGGGGGAGUGGAAGAGAAAGGAGCCAAAGGGGGAGAAAGAGAAAGAAACCCCAACAAACCAGGAUCUCACUGCUGAGGACUGUCAGCAUGGCAACUAAGGGGAUUGGAGCCAGCUCCCUUUAAAGGCGGCGAGGAGAGAAGAAGCCCUCCAGAGUUUGGGAAACAUAUCCGGAACCAAUAGCCAAUGGCUCAGGGACCAGUACUAGUUUGUGGACUACCACUCUGAGUAGCGUUGCACUAAAGGAAAAAGCAUGGAGAGUGCAAUUACACUGUGGCAGUUCCUGUUGCAGUUGCUUCUUGACCAGAAACAUGAGCAUCUGAUUUGCUGGACAUCCAAUGAUGGUGAAUUCAAGCUACUUAAGGCAGAAGAAGUGGCAAAGUUGUGGGGACUCCGAAAAAACAAAACCAAUAUGAACUACGACAAGUUGAGCAGAGCUCUGAGAUACUAUUAUGAUAAGAACAUCAUCAAGAAGGUGAUUGGACAGAAGUUUGUGUACAAGUUUGUGUCGUUCCCUGACAUUUUAAAGAUGGAUCCUCAUGCUGUGGAGAUCAGCAGGGAGAGCCUUUUGCUGCAGGACAGCGAUUGCAAUAUACCUCUUGAGAACAGAGAACAACACAAGCAUGGCCUGUCAGUCCUGAAAAGCACAAGCCGUAAUGAAUAUAUCCAUUCAGGGCUAUAUUCUUCAUUCACCAUCAACUCUCUGCAAAACCAGCCAGAAAACCUCAAGCAAAUUAAAACAGAAAAGAUAGAGGAGAAAUUGGAAGAGGCCACAACUCCCUUGGAGGAGGUCCGGACUGUUAUAAGAUUUGUGACUAACAAAACAGACAAGCAAGUCAUGAGGCCCAUAGUGUCAUUGCCGUCAACCUCUGAGGCUGCCGCUGCUUCUGCUUUUUUAGCAUCCUCUGUCUCUGCAAAGAUAUCAUCAUUAAUGUUGCCCAAUGCAGCCAGCAUCUCCUCAGCCUCACCGUCUUCCUCUCGGUCGCCAUCUCUGUCUCCUACUUCACCCCUCCCUUCAGAACACAGAAGCAUCUUUUUGGAGUCCAGCUGCCAGGAUUCUGAUUCACUUGAGCCACUGAAUCUCUCAUCAGGAUCCAAAGUGAAAUCGCAUUCUCUUCCCCCAAAGGCUAAGAAACCCAAAGGUUUGGAGAUCUCAGCACCUCCAAUGGUUCUUUCAAGCACUGACCUCGGCUCUAUUGCUCUCAAUAGUCCUGCCCUUCCUUCGGGAUCUCUGACUCCUGCUUUCUUCACUGCCCAGACCCCCAAUGGAUUGCUGUUGACCCCAAGUCCACUGCUUUCUAGCAUUCACUUCUGGAGCAGCCUGAGUCCUGUUGCUCCUUUGAGUCCUGCCAGGCUGCAAGGACCCAACACCUUGUUCCAGUUCCCGAGUUUGCUCAAUGGCCACAUCCCAAUGCAAAUUCCCGGCUUGGAUAGAGCCUCUUCUCCAGUCCUCCUCUCUCCAAGUGCUCAUAAAUCCUGAUAUCUCAGCAAAUGAAGGACUCACUAACAAACUGGAUUAUUACACAGCCAUUCCGAUGAGUUUCAUUUUUCUGGCAAUGCCAGGAGGACACGAUGAAAUUCCCCCCCCCUUUUUUUUACUAUGGUUUGCACUUUUCAUUACCUGGAUGAAUCUACUUGUAUGAUGUUUAUUUAGCAUUUUUAAACAGUGUUUUUUUAGAAGAAUUCUGUUGUGCAUUAAAAUGAGUUAUAAUUUUUUAUAUUCUUGCUCUCUAAGUGUUGAACACUGUUUCUUACUGAAGUACCUUUCUUCGUAGAUUUCGAAACAAUAUCUAAAGGAUGUGAAACUUUUAAGUCUUGUAUUUCUGCAUAUUAUGCGUCAUGCUUAUGUAAACUAUAACCGGCUGUGCCUUCUUUUGCAUAAUGUUAUAUAAAUGAUUUAUAUUUUUCCAGUAUUAAGAUGGAAGUUGAAAAGGACCCAACAACCCCCUAUGCUUGUAUUUCCGUAUUCCCCUUGCAGUAGGCCGUAUGGUGCCUUGUAUUAAUGUAAUUUUGAAUUAAGUGCUUUUCCAUUAUAUAAAGAUUCCUAAUUCCACGCUGAAUUGAGAGGCCAUAAUGAAUGUUUUGGCCAGUAAGUGUGUUUAAGACUAGAACACUAUUUAGAUCUAGGUGCUUGAAUUCUUCUCUAAGGUAAGAGGAAAAUGGCUUUAAAAUAUUUAUAACAUAUUUUAAGGGCAUUAGAGGAUAUAACCUUGCUCAGUACCAUUCAUUUUCAUUUCAUUUCUUGAUCAGGUUGUUAGAAAAGAUAUACUGAUCAUUGUUUACUUCACUGUACAGAUAAAGUUUCAAUGAGCUUUGUGAAUCUGGCAGGAACACAUGCGGUUCUACUUUUGCAGCGCCAAAACGUUUGUGUAGUUUUAAAAAAAAUUAUAGACCGCAUGUAGAAUUUUUUUUAAAAAAACAGUGAUUUAACAACAAACAGAAACUUAGAAUUCUGAAGGCAGAGGGAAUAAGCUUGCCACUUUCUAGAAUGCCAUGAACUGAUUUCCUAAAAGUGAAACACAAAAGUAGGCCGAUAUAAGUGCAAGUGAUUUCAUGUCCAUCACCAGUAACUUGGAUGAAAUCCUAUCUCUAUGUAUUUUAUGAACUUCUUAUAACUAAAUAUGGAAAACAUUGAAGUAUUCUGACUUGUGCCAUUUUCUCACUGUUAACUGAAGAAUUGAUGUAAACUUUGGUAGGGAACUUUAUGUACAAUGUAAUGAAAUUUGGCUUGAAAAAAGCUGGUCCUGUUGACCUGUAAAAAUCUAAACACUCUUAUCACUGUUAUGAUAGCUGAAGUGAUGAACAUUUGGUCUUCUUGGCUGUAAAAUUGAAACCUCUCUGGGUGUGGGUGCUGUUGUUUUGAAAGAAACUACAAAAUAUCACUUAUCACUGUACUUUCCUUGCUUGAAGUUGUGAGGUCUACUCUUCUUGUUGGAACAUUUGUCAUUUGAGAAAGGAGCUGAUUUUUCUCUACUCUAGAUUUGACAGUUUUGUACAGUGUGUCCUACAUGUUUGUGGGUUUAACUUCGCAAAUUUGAUUAAAAUGUUUUCUCUAGGAAUCUCUGGGUCUUCUCUAGGUGCUCCAAUGUAACUCUUAUGGUCAACUUCCAUUGCAGUUGACAUAGUGUCACAUUGGAAGACCUAGACAUUCCUGGAGGAGUGUCCAGUUUUUCAGUUUCAUGGGGGCUCCAAGCCCCUAAGCCCAGUGAAUAUGAGGGGCUGGCUGCACGCAUAUAUAUUACCUGCCAGCAUAUGUUCAGCACCCUCUUCCAUUCCUGCAUAUUGCUUCAAUUCAAAGGUAUCAAUUUAUGUACCUGAAAAAACACUCACUCACAUAGAAUUCUACUGACAUGUUACUGGGAGUAUUUGGAAAGUAUAUACUUUUCCAUGUUGAUCCAGAUUGUCAUUUUCCUUCCCAAUGUAUUUUAAAUUGUAGUCCUACAUUUAUUUUCAUACAGUGGAGUCAUAUUCUUCAAUCUAUAAUGGAACCAAAAUUGCUGUUACAAACAUGGAAAAACAUAACAUUGUUAAAACAGCCAUUUAGUUGUUAUAAUAUGCUUAAAUUAAUGAGAUAGCAUUGAACUUCGUAAACAUAUAAGGACCAAACAAAAGGAUUUCUAUAAGAAUAAAGACCAAACAUAAAAUCCAUCCUUUUCUGCCUCUGGUUUUUUAGAUCGAGAACUAUCCUAAGUCUUAGCAAUUUCAGCACAAAAACAGCAGUAAAUUAGUUGCUUGUUGCACAGCCUUUAACAGACUAGGAAUUGUACUGGUGUGAAUGGUCUAUGGAGCUUAAUCUUUCAAAAAAGAAAAGAAAAACUAGACCAAUUAUACCAUAAGCACUGGGCAUUGCAUACAGAAUAGUUUGUAAAUAAACAAAUGGAUCACAUGAGCUAUGCAUUUAUGUACAUUAAAAAUCAACUAUAUAUAGAAAGCUAAACACAAUGAAACACUGCAUCAAAAGCUCUUGUGAAAAGAUGAAUGGUCCCUAGAAUGAUUUUUGAAAGAAAUGUCACAAACGAUAAAUGCAAGGCUUCAUUCUUCAGUUCACAAAUGUGUAUAUCAAAUAGUGUGUGGGAUUCAGUGAGGUUCCUUCUCAUUCAAAUGGACCAAGAUAAAUAAUCCAGGCCAUUUAUUUCAUGUAUUAACUAGAACCCAAUUCGUUUUGUACAAAUCACUGAGGCUCACUAAAAUGUUUAUUUCUAAACAUACAUAUAUGUACAUUAAUACUGUCAUCAGCAUUAUCAUGUAAACUUUGUAAAGGACAAGAAACAUAUCCAAUAACUCAAAGCCAUCCUAACCCUCCAUUGUCUUUCAUCUAAUACUAACCAGAUGAAGUCCAGCUCAGUUUAUUGACCUGCAUAAAUGUUUGGUUGCUUUUAAAGGCUACACUCACCUUCUUAUCUUCUAAAGCUCAUGAUUAUUGUACUGAACUAGAAAGCUCAGAGAACUCACUUUUUGGUCUCCUACAGUCCUUUGGUCUGAAGUGUCAUUGAAUGAAGGGAAUUUUACUAACUCAUGUUAUUAGUAUCACUCUUCUUUACACAGUUUUGCAGUAAAAUGUUCAAAAAUGGCACAGGAAUAAAUGCUGAGCUUUGGACAAAAGGUCUACCAAAAUGAUGCCUAUGGGAAGAUUGCCAAGUGAAAAGUUGAGAUCAUAUUGUGCGGCAAGUGGUAUCAUUCAAGACUAAAUUGCUACUUGUGGAGCAGAAAUUCUUAACAAGAAGUUGUACCACUUGGUAAUACACUGCUAUUGUCUUUCCAUGGGUACCAUGUGACUAAGAAUAAAGGCGCAGUCUUCUCAACAUGCACUUCUUGUGUGAAAAAUCGAAGACACCAAAGCUGCUGUGAUUCUUGCUUGAUUAUGUAAAGAUCAAGUUUCCUGGGGCUGGAGAGAAACAAGGCUUGGAAAAUACUUUUUGGAUUGCUCUUCCAGAAUCCCAAGCUACUAAGAUCAGGCGAUCCUAGAAAUAGUUGACCAAAUACACAACUUUCCCAACUUUUGAGAUAGAUUGUGAAAGGAAUCUAUAUAGAAUUCUGUAUAGAAAUGUGGAUGUAAGAUAACAUCCAUUGUUGAGGCUGUUUUAAAAUAAAAAGAUGGAGUUCACCCUCUCUCGGAGUAUUCAACUGCAUGCUGAAACAUGAAAGAAAAGAAAGCAAUGAAAGCAAAUUACAUGUAAGUUGAUGAUGAUCUCCACUGUCCCAAAGUGCAGUUGUUUUCCUUCUGGAAAAUGGUGCAAAAUAAGCAUUUAUUGAUCGCAACGGAAUCUUAAUGAAUUAAAAUAUCUAUCUGGGCACAUGUUAACGUAUACUGUGGGCCAAAAAAAAGGUCAAAAACAUGAAAAAAGAAAAAUUGCUUAUAGUUACAAGUUGCAUUUCUUGGAUCUUUAAAGGCAUCCUUGUAGUUGGUUGGGACUGAGUAUUAACAGGCCAAAAUAUUCAUUCAACAUUCUUGCUUCUCCAGGACAUAGAUCUUCUAAAUCUGAGUUCUGUGGUUUAUUUUAAUUGGUUAUUUUAAUUCACUCCUUGCAUUUGUAAACAUUGGAAUUAUCUUCAAGUUAUUUACUUAACCUACCUCACAGGGCUGUUGUGAGGAUCAGUGAUAUUUGUACAAUGCUUUAGAAAAAAUUAAAAAUAUUACAUAUA